GGAUAAAGAGUAACAAGUAUCAAGAUAUUUAAAUUUUAAAUUUUCACAUUUUUUAUUUGUCUGUCUGAGACGUCUGAGCAGACCUUUGGUAAGAAAAAUUUGUUAACUAUAUAAAAAUUAGGAGUGCGAAACUGGAAAUCGCAUCACGUGUGAUUUGAAGUGGUGAGGGAUGAAGCCCUAGAAUGUCUGAAAAUGGGAAUAUGUCGCACAUCACCCUAUUGCGACAUUUAUAUUCGCGUGGAUUAAUUUUGUAUACAGAUAUGGGGUUGGGUUGCAAUUAGACGUGUAUCAAUUUAAUAUAGAUAAUAAUUGGAGAUUAUACAUUUAUAUCAGGUCAAUAUCAUGAUUAAUCAUCGACUACUACUUUUAAAAUGGCCUACUACAACUCUCACCUUCCUUAGAAGUGUUUCAAUUUCUUCUCGAAGACCAGCUAGAGGGGUUUCUUAUGGUAAUAAUGAUGUUAUACCGACACUUAAAUAUAAUAAGAAAUUAUCAAGACAACAAAAGAUAGAUCAAUUAAAUGAAAAAACUCAAUCGAAAUUAGUUAAAUUAGAUCAUCAGUUUAAAAUAUUUCAUAAAGAUAUCAAAAAAGUCAUCGAUGUAGGUUAUAUGCCUGGAAAUUGGACUCAAUAUUGUAAAUUUAGACUCCGACAAAUUCAUCAUCUUGAAGAAGAUAAAUUUCAACAGAAAUGUCAUAUUUUAGGCUUUGAUAUCUUAUUUGGAACUCCUCCACCCGGUAUAUCCACCAUUCAGGGGAAUAUAUUCUCUAAAAUGGCUCAUAAACAAAUUUUAAAUCAUUUUAAAGAAAUUGAAUUAAGAAAUAUAUCAAUGAAUGCAAUUAAAUAUAUUAAGAAUAGUGAAGAUCAGGAUUUUCAAAAUUCGUAUUUUUAUAAAGAAUUGAAUGAAACUUUAUUAGAACAUGAAGUUGAACGAUUAGAAUCAUUAGUUAAAGGUCAAAAUUUACAUAAUCAACGAGAAAUUAUUAAUAAAAUAUUAAAAAAUGUCGAUUAUAGAACUGAUUUAGUAUUAUCAGAUUUAUCAAAACCAUACCUUCAACAAUCAGGAUUCUAUAGUCAAACUUAUACACGUCCAUAUUUAAGAUUUAAUGCUAAUUCACCUUUAAAUCGUCCUAUCACUGAUCCAUUCAAAGCAUCGAUUGAUUUAGCUGAUGCUGCAUUAAUGUUAGCAUGUAAUGCAUUAAAGCCUGGAGCUACUUUUGUGGUCAGAUUAAAUCCAAUUUACGCUUAUGAUGGGGAACUUAAACUUUAUCAAGAUAAACUUGAAAAAGUGUUUAAUGAUGUGGUGGCAUGGCAUCCUGAUGAUGAAGUUGUUGAUGAUACUGAGGUUCGUGAAGUGUUCUUUAUAUGUCAGAAUAAAAAGAAAGAUGAUGAUUAUGAUGUUGAUAACAUAUUUUAAUUUAGAGUACAUGUAAAUAGAGAUUAAUGUAAUUAAUAAUGAUAGUAUUCUACACAUGUAGCAAUUUAAUUCGUAAUAAUGAUUUUAUUUAAAUGGUUAAAAUAAUAUGAAAUGUUAAAAAUAAGUAUUUAAAAUGAAAUAAAAAGCUAAACUGAAAUAUUUUGGUUAAUAGUUAAAAAUUAAUACAGUAAAUGCCCGCCUACUCAUCUUUACUAUUUUCUUCUUCUUCUUCGGCAUCCUCUACUUCUGGCUCCUCUUCUUUUUCUUCUUCUUGUUCUUCGUCACCUCCAUUAACUUGCACUUCUUCUUCUUCUUCUUCUUCUU